UUCGGGUUUAAAUGAAUUAUUUCACAAUUUGUUAGCUUAUUUAGUUAAAUCAUUUAAUUGAGAAAACCAGAACUGCGAAUAUUUUCAAAAUGUUCAAAAGUGUAUUUCUUGUAUUUCUCUUCACUUGGGGAAAUUCACACGUUUCUGCUGAUUGCAGCAGAUUCGUUCCUACUCCGAUCUGGAAUUUUCAAGAUCUCAUGGGUUCAUGGCAAGUAAGCGGCCUUGUCGACUACCAUCUACCCUCUGCGGACUUACGAUAUGUCGAAAUGGGUUCCUCUUGGACUUUGGCUAACGCCGAUGACACCUUCGAAAUGUGGACCUAUGGGUCAAUGAUUGAUAGUGAGGGGAGCGAAUUGAUGUUUGAUGACUGGAGAAUUGCGAAAGUUCUGGACACCAACCGACCUGGGUAUCUCGUCCAUUUCAGGGACACUGUUUUGUUCAGCAAUGCUACCAUCCUGUAUUUCGACAAUAAUUUUAUACUGUGGGUUGCAUGCUCCAUACACAAUGACACGCUGGAAGAAACCAGUAUGGCAUACAUGGGGUCACGGUCUGGAAACAUUCCAGAUUUUUAUAAAGAACAGUUUAAAUCCAUCCUUGCAGUUGAUUAUGGAAUGGACGUUGACAACAAGUAUAUUAACAUCCCGCAGGAAUCUCAUGCGACAACUUAUAAAGCUUGAAUGCAAAUCACAUUGCGUAUUAAUACAAAUUCAUCAGCACAGUUUGGUAUUUCCAAAAUUAAUAAAUCCGAUGUAGAUUUUACGUCAGAAAAAAUGAAUCAGUUACGUAAAAAUAAAUGAGUUAUAAUUAUUAGCACGAA